UCCUGCCGGGCACGAGCACACUAGCUAGCUAAGUAGAGCGAGCGAGCGAGCGAAGGAACUGUGCUGGCUAUACGCGCGCUAGCUAGCUUAUUCGACUAGAGAAGCACGCGAGAGCGACAAUUAAUCUAGCUAGCUUAUACUCCAUCAGAGAGCAAGUCGACGUUAGGAGCUAGCUGGGAGAUCAAUGGAGCCUAUGCACGGGGGCACGUCGUCGUCCAUGAAGCAGCAGCUGCAGGUCGGCCUCCUCGUGGCGGCGUUCGCGGUGGCAAUGGUGCCCACAACGGCGUGGUGCCGCGAGCUGUGCUACAACUCGAGCAAGGUGGCGUCGGCGUCGCCGCCGCCGGGGGCUCCGAUGGCGACGGCGGUGAUCGUGUUCGGCGACUCGAUCGUGGAUCCGGGGAACAACAAUAACCUAAAGACGCAGAUCAAGGCCAACCAUGCGCCCUACGGGAUGAACUUCGCCAACGGCGAGCCCACCGGCCGCUACUCCAACGGCCUCAUUCCCACCGACUUCAUCGUACAAGGGCUUAAUGUGAAGCAGCUGCUCCCUCCAUGGCUGGGCGUGGAGCUGAGCCCGGAGGAUCUCAAGACGGGCGUCAGCUUCGCGUCGGGCGCCACGGGCUACGACCCUCUCACCCCCGUCAUCGUCAGCGUCAUCACGCUGGACCAGCAGCUGGAGUACUUCGACGACUACCGCGCCAAGCUGGUGGCGCUGGUCGGCGAGAAGGAGACGACCAGGAUCAUCGACGGCGCGCUCUUCGUCGUCUGCGCCGGCACCGACGACAUCGCCAACACCUACUUCACCACGCCCUUCCGGAGCGUCGAGUACGACAUCCCCUCCUACGUCGACCUGCUGGUGUCCGGCGCCGACCAGUUCCUGGACAAGGUGGCGGCCAAGGGGGCUCGCAAGAUCGGCUUCGUCGGCCUGCCGCCCGUCGGCUGCGUGCCGUCGCAGAGGACGCUCGGCGGAGGGCCGCACCGCCGCUGCGAGGAGAAGCGCAACUACGCGGCCAAGCUCUUCAACUCCCGCAUGGAGGAGGUGAUCGCCGGGAAGAAACUAGAUCCGGCCACGCGGAUGGUGUACAUCGACAUCUACGGCAUCCUCAACGAUCUGGUGGAGAACGGCGACAAGUACGGCUUCAACGAGACGGCGCGCGGCUGCUGCGGCACCGGCACCAUCGAGGUCACCGGCCUCUGCGACACCCGCUACGUCGACAUCUGCGACGACGUCGACCAGCACGUCUUCUUCGACAGCUACCACCCCACGCAGCGCGCCUACAAGAUCAUCGUCGACAACAUCUUUGACAACUACCUCCAGUUCAUCGUCGGCUAGCCAGCCUACCCUCUUCUUUUCGAUCCUGCAUUAACUAGCCUGCUCCCCUACCACCACACCA